UUCCGGUUGACUCCGGAGCGGUGCCCCGGAUGUAACCCAGGCGAUAGCGUUCUUUUUCUCCCGCCCCCUUCUCCCCUCUCCUCUCCCCUCCCCGGAGCCCCAGGGCUUCCUGACCCUGGGGCUCCUUUUUGCUCAGCUCCUGGGAAGGACCCGAUCCUACCCUGAAAGUCCCACCAUGUCCAAGCGGAGAGUAACAUUCCAGGAUGUGGGAGUUGAAGAGGAUGGAGAGGAUCUCCCCAAAAAGAAGCUGGUGGAUCCUGUGACAGGAGCAGGGGGCCCUGGGAGCAGAUUCAAAGGCAAACAUUCUUUGGACAGUGAUGAAGAAGAUGAUGAUGAGGAUGGUUCUAGCAAGUAUGUCAUCCUAGCCUCAGAAGAUGUGGAAGGUCAAGAGGCGGCCACACUCCCGAGUGAGGGUGGUGUGCGUAUUACACCCUUCAACCUGCAGGAGGAGAUGGAAGAGGGCCACUUUGAUUCAGAUGGCAACUACUUUUUGCACCGGGAUGCCCAGAUUCGGGACAGCUGGCUGGAUAACAUUGACUGGGUGAAGAUCCGGGAGCGCCCUCCAGGCCAGCACCCUGCCUCAGAUUCAGAGGAAGACAGCCCUGGCCAGACACCACUGGGCCCUCAGGCCCUCCUAGAGGGUCUUUUGGAGAUGUUGUUGCCAGGGGAGACAGUUGCUGGGGCACUGAGGCGUCUGGGUGCCCGGAAGGGUGGUGAAGGACCCCAGAGGCCAAAUUCCCCUCAACGAUUAGACCGGCUCUCAGGAUUGGCUGACCAGAUGGUUGCCCGGGGCAACCAUGGAGUGUACCAGGAGACCAGGGAACGGCUAGCUGUUAGGCUGAAAGCACUGGGGGGCCGCACACCAGGGCUCCCAGACACAGCAUCUCGUCCUGUCCUGGACAUGUUUGCUGAAGAGGUUGGGGAGGGGGAGCUUGAGACCCCAACCCCAGCCCAAGGAGGAGAAACAGCCACCGUGGGAGAUGGUUUGGCUGAUGUGAUGUGGGAAUAUAAAUGGGAAAACACAAAUGACGCAGAGCUCUAUGGGCCUUUCACCAGUGCCCAGAUGCAGGCCUGGGCAGAUGAAGGCUAUUUCCCAGAUGGUGUUUAUUGCCGGAAGAUGGAUCCCCCUGAAGGCCAGUUCUACAACUCUAAACGUAUAGAUUUCGGUCUCUAUUUCUGAACCUGUUUUUAUUUUGGGGGUAGGGGAAGAGGGCUGGGACAAGCACUUUCCAGGCUAUGCUUUCAGGAGGAGGCGCUGGACUUAGUCUGGGGCUUGUAUGGACCUUGGUUGGGGUGGGGUGGGGGAAUGGCACUGGUCUUGGAGGGGAACCAUUUCCUGUCUCAAUAAAAAUCUCUAGUUGUGUAAAA